AUGCGAUUGACAGACUUCCGGAGAAGCCUCCCCACGGGACUGCUCCUCCUGACGCCAUACCUCCGCCUGGCCCUCUGCAGCCCCGCUGUCAAUGUCGGUCUCAAAGCCUCCUGGAACGGCGCACCGUUCCUUAUCGAGCUACUUGAAACCGCCGCCGACGAAAAUGAAGCUUCCUACUACCCGCUCCUCGACCGAAUAGCAACCGGCGAGUUCUCAAACGUAUCCUCUGACAAGGCGCUCUACGAGUCGUUCCUCCGCGCUGUGCAGGAGGAAGGGUUCUUGAAGGACGCGGUUGAGCUUGCGAGCUUCAAUCUCGCACUGAGCAUCCAUGCGGCGGCGCCGCGGAUCGAGGCGCACUAUCACUACUACGAGAACCAGCUGGAGCCGCAGAUGGGGAAGCUGUACAAGCCAGGGUGCGAGACGUGGCUGCAGUGGAGCCAUAAGCAGAUUUGUAGCACGACGGGGGAUUAUAAGGAUAUGUUGGGGUCGUGGGAGAGGUAUCCGAAUGAGAGACGGAAGCUACAGUUCGACCGAGUGUUGGGGUCGAAAGAUGAUGUGCCGGCGGCAAUCUUAUAUGCGGAUAUCCUAUCACCUGCGUUCAAAGAGCACCACAAGAUCUUGAAGGAAUUCGCCAAUGUCGGCAAGAUAUCAUACCGUGUCCGUCACCGUCCCUCGCCCACACGCAAGGACCGCCCCGUAAUGCUCAGCGGCUAUGGUGUGGAGCUAGCUCUCAAGAAAACGGACUACAUUGUCAUGGACGACCGCGACAUGGACAGCUCCACCGAAGAGCGCAAGUCCGACUCCGAAGCACCCGCACUCGACGACGAGGAGAUCCAACACAUCACACCUAUCCACCCCAAGAGUCUACCAGACCUCGGUCUCCAUGCUGCAUCGUUCAUCAUGAACUCCGAGGACCCCCUCAGCACGCUGCAGAAGUUCCUCCAGGACUUCCCAAAGCACUCGGGACGUAUCGGGCACAUUGAGGAGAAUCUUGAGAUGCUCAAUGAGCUUAGGGAGAAUAGGGAAGCGUUCUCGGCGGUGGGGCAGAAUAGCUUGUGGAUCAAUGGAGUGCAGCUGGCCGAGAGCCAGAUCAAUGCGUUUGCGCUCUUGGAGCAUCUGCGUAACGAGAGGAAGCAUGUUGGGAGCUUGACCGCACUGGGAUUGAAUAAUAGUGAGGCGGUACAGCUCGUCAGUCACCAUAUCAUUGCCGAUUCGAAGCUAUCGGAGCUGCCACAGAGGUUCGAUUACAGGGACGAUAUCGAUGGCGGGAACGUCAUCGUCUGGCUCAACGAUCUUGAGAAAGACAAGCGGUACAAGGACUGGUCCUCGUCCGUGUCUGUGCUCAUGCGCCGCAUCUACCCCGGCCAGCUCCACCCCCUCCGCAAAAACAUCCACCACCUUGUCCUCCCCGUUGACCUCACCUCCCGCGAUGACCUCGUCCUCCUCUCGGAGCAGCUACGCAUGUUCGUGGAGCGUAAGAUCGCAAUCCGCUUCGGUGUCGUCCCACUCGGCAAGACCGACUCCGCCAUCGCCCAAGCCAAAGUAUUCUACCAUCUCAAGAACACCUACGGUCUCGCCGCAGCCCUUCGAUACGUGCACGAGUCACUCGCGAAUACAGACUUCAGCAAGCCGAGUGCCAAAGUGUUCAAGAACGUCCUGAAAGAUGCAUCGCCGAGGAAGGAGAAGCCGGUGCUUACGCUCGAAGAGAUCCUGACGAAUGAGGAUGUCGAGGCAUGGCAUGCAAAGGCGAAGAGCUGGGGCAGUCGCCUAGGCGUGAACCCGAAUGCCCCGCCGGUGUUCAUCAACGGUCAAUCAUUACCGCGUGAUGAGGCUUGGAUGCAGAAUAUGGCGUCGAAGCUACAGGCAGAUGUACAGGUGACGCAGCGCGCGGUCUAUGAAGAGCUUAUCGACGAUAACAGUGAUAUCACGGGUCUCCUCAUGACUGGUGCUGUGAUCAGGCGCAAUACACAUAUCGUUCCGGAAGAUGAGGCUUCGGUCAGUCUUGUAAAUCUGGUCGAGUUGGAGUCUGCGCAUGCGGAUAUCAUGAAGGACUUGCCCAGGAUUUCUACGGAUAAGCCAGCGCCACUUGAGGCAGCUACCAUCUGGGUUGUGGGAGAUUUCGACGAGAAAGAUGGAUACCAGCUACUUCAGGGAGCUAUGGAGCUACAGAAGGAGGCUUCGGGCGUGGAUUUGGUGCUUAUCAAUAACCCUCAAUUGUCCGCGAGCACACACACGCUGUCAACAUUGUUACAUCAGCUGCAGCAGGUCGGUUUCUUCACUUCCCCAGAGAGACUUGAACAGCUACUCGAAGAAGUGAAACCAGUACAAGACUUCGUUGACCUGCCCAAGGUUGAGGCCUUAGUGGGGUCUCAAGCAGAUGUUAAAGCUUCUGGAUGGACCUAUCCCACCCACAUGGAGUCCAGUAAGUUCUGGGAGAGCGCUCGGGUCCUGGCAGACAAGUGCGGGUUCAAGCCCGGAGAACGCGGAUUGGUGGUCAAUGGCCGUGUCAUUGGCCCCAUCCCUAGAAAUGAAGACUUUGUAGGCGAUGAUUUCAAACAGCUGCUUGAAUAUGAGCUGUCACGCCGUAUUGCGCCUGUUCUUAACGCAGCUCAAGAUCUCGGCGUGAUGGAGAAGAAGAUUAAGUCUCCAGCUGGCCUUACGAACCUGGUUGCGCUGACUAUGGCGUCUGAUGUUCCGGCGGGGCUGUUCGAAGCACCGGUGACGGGUAGGACGGAUGCGUUCCUGAGACUAUGGAAGGAUGAGCACACCGCUAUCGAGAGCGGUGAUAAGGAUAGUGCUAUGUUCCAAGUAGUCGCCAAUGUAGACCCUGCGAGCGAGAGCGCACAGAAGCUGGUCCCGAUCCUCAGGGUCCUUGGCGAGAUGGACGGCGUGUACCUCAAGAUCUACCUUACCCCACAGCGCAUGAUCUCCGAAGUUCCAGUAAAAAGGUUCUACCGCCAUGUCCUCGAGUCGAAACCAGUGUUUGAUGAAGCAGGCAAUAUCAUUGACCCCAAAGCGCGCUUCGAGAAUAUCCCUGGCGCUAUCCUACUCUCCUUGAGCAUGGACGUGCCCCCAUCAUGGCUUGUGAACCCAGAGGAGUGUAUCUACGAUCUUGACAACCUCAUGCUUGACUCCUUGAAGGACCGUCUACAAGGCAGUGACGUCGAAGCUCUUUACCAGCUCCGCAGCAUCCUCAUCGAGGGUCACUCCCGUGAUGUCAGCACUGGCGGUGGCCCACCUAAGGGAGCACAGCUUGUCCUCGGUACAGAGAAGGAGCCGCUGUUUGCAGACACAAUCAUCAUGGCCAAUUUGGGAUACUUCCAGUUCAAGGCAAACCCAGGGCACUGGAACAUGGGGCUCAAGGAAGGCCGUACGUCUGAGAUCUUCCACAUCGACUCUGCUGGCACCACCGGCGGAUACUCCUCUAUGCUACCGCGCGCCGGCGAACAAGAGCAGGAGGACAGUGAUAUCACUCUCAUGAGCUUCCAGGGCGCAACGUUGUUCCCAAGGCUGUCAAGGAAGCCGGGAAUGUUGGAGGAGGAUGUGUUGGACCAGGAGUCGAUCAGUAGCGGCAGCUUCGCGAAGAAGUGGAUGAAGAAGGCGGAGGGCAUCAUGGUGGAUGCUGGCUUGAUGGCGGCGCCAAAGAGGGCGGUGCAGAAGGGACAGGCGGAGAUUAAUAUCUUUUCGGUGGCGAGUGGACAUCUUUAUGAGCGCUUUUUGAAUAUCAUGAUGGUUAGUGUUAUGAAGCACACGGAUAAGACAGUUAAGUUUUGGUUCAUCGAGAACUUCUUGUCGCCGUCAUUUAAGGAUUUCAUCCCAACAAUGGCGAAAGAGUAUGGCUUUGAGUAUGAGCUCGUCACAUACAAGUGGCCGCACUGGCUUCGCGCACAGAAGGAGAAGCAGAGAGAGAUCUGGGGAUACAAAAUCCUCUUCCUUGAUGUUCUCUUCCCUCUGGACCUUGAUAAGGUCAUCUUCGUAGACGCAGACCAGAUCGUAAGAACGGACAUGAAGGAGCUUGUAGACCUUGACCUCCAGGGCGCACCAUACGGGUUCACCCCCAUGUGUGACUCCCGCGAAGAAAUUGAAGGCUUCCGCUUCUGGAAGCAAGGCUACUGGGCUAAAUUCCUGAAGGGUCUUCCCUACCACAUUAGCGCACUCUACGUCGUAGACCUAAAGCGCUUCCGCCAGAUCGCCGCCGGUGACCGUCUCCGCCAGCAAUACCACCAGCUCUCCGCCGACCCAGCAAGCUUAGCAAACCUGGACCAGGAUCUGCCCAACCACAUGCAGAGCAUCCUGCCGAUCCACUCGCUACCGCAGGACUGGCUGUGGUGUGAGACAUGGUGCAGUGAUGCGAGUCUCAAGACGGCGAAGACGAUCGAUCUGUGUAACAACCCGAUGACGAAGGAGCCGAAGCUGGAUAGAGCGAGGAGGCAGGUGCCGGAGUGGACGGCGUAUGAUGAUGAGAUUGCGGAGGUGGCGAGGAGGAGUAAGGUGGCGAAGGAGGAGGUGAAGGAGGUGAAGGUGGAGGCGGUAGAGAAGAAGGUGGUCCUAGAGGAGAAGGAUGAGCUUUAG